UGGAAACUUCUGAGAGAAAGAGGGAAAGAGAGAAAAAAAAAAGUCCACAGAACGCCGUCACAACACCCCCAUUCUGGUUGGUCGAUCCACACACCUUUGUCUCCGCCUCGUCCCUUUGAUGCAGCCAAUCGUCAAACACAUGUGGCGUCCUCACGUCUUUGGCUUGGCUUGAAACGCUGCACGUCCUCUGAGCCAAUCGGUGGACUGGCUGGGUGGGAAGCUAAAGUCGAUUCCCUUUUUUCCCCCACUUUAAAGAAGUGAGUUGGACGGGCCGCUGCCUCACAUGAAGCUGCAGUGAGGGACGGGCUGGAGAACAAACCUUCUCGGAGACUGGGAACUACACACUGCUGGCCAACCACGCAGAAGCCUUGAAGAGCUUACCCUGAUCUGUGAGGACGCCCGCCAUUUUGGAUGUUUUUGGCUCGACAGAGUCCGGCGGGGAAGAAGGAGGCAAAGGGAGGCAUAAUCCCAGACUAUACCUGGGGCGCGCGAGACCACCAGGCCGCAGAACAACCAGGCUGCAGAACAGCGUGCGGGGGAGGGAUCGCACUAGGCCACUAGGAUGUGUUCCUUGUGAUACUUGUGGUUGUUUCCUUGAGAACCAGAGGGGACAGCACUCGGUGGACACAGAGAGGAGCUGCAGAGGAGGAGGAGGUGGAGGAGGAGGAGGUGGAGGAGGAGGACCUGGGUUCAGGGGGACUGGAGGUGCCGGACCACCCAGCCAUGAGGGAGGACGAGCGGCCCGACAUCCAUAACCGCUCUGAGGUGGGGGCCGCCGCCUCGCCCCGGGGAGCAGAGGAGACCGGGAGGCCGCCCUCUAACACCUGCCCUGUCGUCAUGGUGACGCCCGGGGUCACGCGCAGGAGACCUCCGGCCGAACAGGCGGCGGCGGCCGGCGAGGCCGCCCUGACCGCGGAAGAAGAGGAAGGCGACGAAGACGAAGACGGAAAGAUGGACCAGACCCCUGGGGCCGACCUCCAGGGCCAGGGGCCUCGGCGCCCCAAGAGACCCAAGAGGAGCCCCCUACAGCGGUCCCCUUCCUCGGGAUCCUCCCUCUCGCCGGGGCCCGGCGGCGGAGAGGAGCCCUUCGCCCAGCGGGAGAUCGCAAACGUGCGGGAGCGGCAGCGCACCCAGUCGCUGAACGACGCCUUCGCCUCGCUGCGGCAGAUCAUCCCCACGCUGCCCUCGGACAAGCUGAGCAAGAUCCAGAUCCUGAAGCUGGCGUCGCGCUACAUCGACUUCCUGUACCAGGUGCUGCAGAACGACGACGCCGACGGCAAGCCGGCCGGCUGCAACUACCUGGCGCACGAGAGGCUGAGCUACGCCUUCUCCAUCUGGAGGAUGGAGGGCGCCUGGUCCAGCAUGUCUGCCAGUCACUAGCCACGCCGUGCUAGUCACUAGCCAUGUAAUCCUAGUCACUAGCCACAACGUGUUAGUCACUAGCCAUGUCGUGCUAGUCACUAGCUAUGUUGUGCUAGUCAUUAGCCAUGUCAUGCUAGUCACCAGCCGUGCGAUGCUAGUCACUAGCAAUGCUGUGCUGGUCACUAGCCAUGCUAUGCUGGUCACUAGCCAUGCUAUGCUAGUCACUAGCCAUGCUGUGCUAGUCUCUAGCCAUCAUGCUAGUCACUAGCCAUCAUGCUAGUCACUAACCAUGUCAUGCUAGUCUCUAGCCAUGCUAUGCUAGAAACUGGCCAUACCAUGCUAGUCACUAGCCAUGUCAUGCUAGUCAUUAGCCAUGUCAUGCUAGUCACUAGCCAUGCUAUACUAGUCACUAGCUAUGCUAUGCUAGUCACUAGCAAUGUCAUGCUAGUCACUAGCUAUGUUAUGCUAGUCUCUAACAAUGUCAUGCUAGUCUCUAGCCAUGUCAUGCUAGUAGCUAGCCAUUCCGUGCUAGUAGCUAGCAAUGUCAUGUUAGUCACUAGCCAUACUAUGCUAUUCUCUAGCCAUGUGAUGCUAGUCACUAGCCAUGUGAUGCUAGUCACUAGCCAUGUGAUGCUAGUCACUAGCCAUGCCAUGCUAGUCACUAGCCAUGCCAUGCUAGUUACUAACCAUGCUAUGCUAGUCACGAGCCAUGUCAUGCUAGUCACUAGCCAUGCUAUGCUAGUCAUUAGCCAUGCUAUGCUAGUCACUGGCCACACACCACUAUGGAAACUGGAGGACAACAAGCAAACUUGAAGCUGGACGUUGGAUUGUGAACAGGCCACUAUCGCUGCACCCUUCCUACAUGAACCCUUGUCACUGAUCAGACUAUCUUUGUGCAGCAUUUGGGGAAAAGAAUGUCCGGCAAGAGACUUAAAACAGGUUUAAGUCCGGACGAAGGAUUGACUUCCAGGACACAGCACAAAGAGCAGAGGGACCUUUUAAAUGGACCGAUACACUGAAGGAUAUACCCAGCGUCGUGUUGUUCCUGCUAAAUGUUGGACUGUAACAAACGGAAUACGUUUAUAUGGGACUCAAUAGUUACUUGACCCCUGACUUCCUUUGGUCCUGACCUCUGACCCUAUGAUCACUAGCCCUCGCCGUCCUCAUCUCAAUGUAUUUAAAUGUGUUUGUGUAUAUAUACGUUAUUCUCUGUGGAUGUAUUGUCAGCCCGCCGCUGUUAACGGGUGUUCCCGUCAGGCCGAGUGGAAACAUUGAAAGGAAGAGGAGGGAGGUGAGCCCGGGUUUAAUGAGAGGAGAGCCUCUGGAUCCACUAGAACCUUCAGCCAACACCUUUCCCCCAGAGACGUGAAACCGAUCCUCCAGCGACUCUCAACUCUGAACCCAAAAUGGCGGUGGUGAAUAAUAAUAACCACGGGCGGCAGCAGCGGCAGUAGCACUGACUAAUGUCCCCGCCUUUCUUUCACUCCUCCUCUUCCCCUCUCCUCCUCCCCUCCACUUCUCCUCCCCUCUCCUCCCUCCUCUCCUCCUCCCUCUC